AAAAAUUUCAAAUCAAGAUUCAAUUUUUUUUUUUUGGUUUCAAUAAAUCCAGAUUCAAAUUCAAGAUUACGUAUGUCUUCUUCUCCUUCAUUUUUAUCGUCAACCUCGUUUAAUUCCUGCAGGUCUGCUUCUUAAAUUACAAAAAAAAAAGGGAUUUUCAUUUAAUCCUUUUUUAUAUAACGUGGAUCGUCGAGAAAACGAGUAAGCGAAAAUGCGUAGCCGGGGAUCGAGUAACCGGCUAUCUAACUCUGGUGGCUCUCCUUUUCGUUCUAGAAUUUCUGCUUUGCUUCUCGCCAUGUUCGCUACGAUGGCUACGGUUUACGUCGCCGGCCGGAUGUGGCAGGAGGCAGAGAGCAGAGUAUAUUUAAUUAAAGAACUUGAUAGGAGAACUGGUCAGGGUCAUUCUUCUGUAUCUGUUUCUGAGACACUAAAGAUCGUUACCUGCAAGGAGCAAUUGAAAAAAUUAUCAGCCAUUCAGAUGGAUCUAGCUGCUGCUAAGCAAGAAGGUUAUGUUUCGAAGGAGCACUCGGGAAAUGAUGGUACUCGUUCUAAGAAAAGGCUUUUAGGUGUUAUUGGUAUCAUCACAACAUUUGGACGAAAGAAGAAUAGAGAUGCAAUUCGGAAGGCAUGGAUGCAAUCUGGUGCGGCUUUGAGAAAACUGGAAGAAGAGAAGGGAAUUGUUGUGCGAUUCGUAAUAGGAAGAAGUGCAAAUCGUGGAGAUAGUUUGGACAGGGAGAUCAAUGAUGAACACAGCCAAACUAAUGACUUCAUUAUUCUGGAUGAUGUGGAGGCACCUGAGGAACGUUCAAAGAAGAUAAAGUUAUUCUUUGUUCGUGCUGUAGAGAGCUGGGAUGCAGAGUUCUAUGUUAAGGUCAAUGAUGAUGUUUAUGUUAAUAUUGAUGCUCUAGGAGCUAAACUUUCUGCUCAUUUGGACACGCCUCGUAUUUAUUUGGGGUGUAUGAAAUCGGGAGAAGUUUUCUCUGACCCGACCCACAAAUGGCAUGAACCUGAUUGGUGGAAAUUUGGUGAUGGAAAAUCAUACUUUCGGCAUGCUUCGGGCGAAAUAUUUGCUAUUUCACGAGCUUUAGCACAGUUUAUCUCAAUUAAUAAGUCUCUUCUUCAGGUCUAUGCACAUGAUGAUGUGAGUGCAGGGUCAUGGUUUAUUGGGCUUGAUGUGCAACACGUUCACGAGGGGAAAUUUUGCUGCAACACCUGGUCUACAGGUUCAGUAUGUGCAGCUGUCUGAUUCGACUAACCGGAUUUACGUCAGCACCAUUUUUAUAUAAAGAGAGUCCAUUCUUUUUGCAUUUUGGGAGUGUGGAAGUGCCAAAAUUAUUGACAUGGAAGAUUUCAGUCAGAAAUGAUUCUUUUAAUUCAAUCCUGGUUCUUCCAAGUUCUAACUGAUGUACAUGCAGGCCAACAUACUUAUCAUUCUUAGAAGGCACAUUAUUUUUUUCCCUUUUGUUGAUGUAUUAUAGCUCUGUAUAUUUUAAGUUCAAUCUUUAGAUUUGAUUGAUAAAAUUUUCCAAUAUUUCAGAUAAAAAAUGAAGAGUUCUCUA